UGGCGAGCAUGGCUUCGUCGGCUAAAAAGAGAGCGGUAGGUCUGGGAGUGGAAAAAGAACCGGAAAGUGAUAACGGCUCCGACGAGAGCCCGGGAGAAGAUGGAAAUUCCACGGGGGAGGAGAGCGAAGCGUCGGAAGUAGACAAUGAGGAGGUUACAGUGGAUUUCGAAGCUCACACAAUCGCACACAGCGACUUCAACGGCAUCAAAAAACUCCUGCAACAGCUCUUCCUGAAGGCUCACGUCAACAUCUCGGAGAUGACUGACAUCAUCAUCCAGCAGAGUCACGUGGGAAGUGUCGUCAAGCAAGCGGAGGUGCCAGAGGACAGCGACGACGAGGACCCAGAUGAAGUGUUUGGGUUCAUCACCAUGUUAAACCUCACAGAAAGAAAGGUAAUUGUCAAUGAGUCCAGCCUGUGGGCGACAACACUUGACUUCAUGGACGUGUGUAUUUGUUGUCAGGGUGUGCAGUGCGUAGAGGAGGUGAAGGAGCUGCUCUUAGAUCAGUGUGAGAAGAGCUCCGGCCACAGCGUCAUGGAGCAACUGGAGAAGACUCUGAACGACACCAGCAAGCCCGUGGGUCUUCUGCUCAGUGAGCGCUUUGUCAACGUACCGCCGCAGAUCGCUCUACCGCUGCACAAACAGCUCCAGGAGGAGAUCACAGACGCGGAGAGGACCAACAAGCCCAGUGGGAAGUAUCACUACUGUCUGAUGAUCAGUAAGACCUGCAAGGAGUCCACCAAGAGCAUUCCUGCCAGAGGGGGCGCUCCUAAAAACGAAUACAUGUUCAUCAACGCCGAGGAGGAGUUCUUCUAUGAGCAGGCCACCCUCAAGUUCCACUUCUCCGUCCAGGCAGACGCGGAUACGUGCUUGACCGGGAGGUGGUCCUUCGACGACGUCCCCAUGAAGCCUUUCAGGACGGUCAUGUUGAUCCCGGCAGACAGGAUGUCCUCCAUCAUGGACAAACUCAAAGAAUACUUGACCGUUUGAACGGCCAAAAGACAGACAUUCAAAUCCCCGCAAAAAUAUGACUGUGAAUUAUGAAUUUACAUCAUUAAAAAAAUCAUGUUUAACAGAA